UUUCCUCUCAUGGGUAAAUCAGAUCACAGUUUGACUAAAGCAUGGUUCUUCCUAAUAGGUCAGAAAGAGUGCAAACUAGGUCAAAGGAACACCUCAUCUUUCGAGAACGUCUUCCUCAUGGAUCAAUAGGAAAUGUUCAACAGUUUAAUUACUUUGGAGUCUGGACAGGAUCAAGGCUUCUAUUACUCUAAGUAAAUAAUGUCAGUGGGAGAGUAUAAUUUUAGAUCCAUAGAAUACUUUAAACCUUUGGCAUGAGCCAAAUUUAUAGCUCUUAUCCAUUUAUAGUGGGACUACAUUGUGAUUGAAAUUUUCUGGGCACCUUAGACAAUGUACAGCAGAUUCUGCAUGGAGUUCCCAGAGCAAUAACUAAACAGCAGUUUUACGCAUUAGGGUAAGACAGAAAGCAAUGACAUUUCAUAACUGCAUAUACGCUACACAUACAUAUAUUUCCAACUGCAUAUACACAUCCGUGAAUGUUAUAUCCCGGGUUAUGAAGGUUAUGUGGUAGUAACAAACAGUACUAGAAAGAUUAACCAGCUCUGUGCCACCCAAAUAUUCUUCAUGGGAUCUAUCAAAGCAGAAAUUCAUAUAUUCACUACUAAAAUUCCAAAAUAUCAGGACGUAAAACAGUAUCUGUUUAACAGAUAUUAACCCUAAACCUCAGUUACAUAAAAUGGAACAGAACCAAAUAAGAAAAACAUGGCUCGAGAUCCUAUGCAAGUUCCCAAAGACAAAGGAGAAGCAAGCAUUGUUCCAUUAUUUAAUAAGGAAACUGCAGAUCAUUUUGCCAAACAUCAAUGUCAGGAAAACUGAUGGGAAGGCUGGUACAGGAAGCAACCAGAGUACAAUUAAAGGAUGAUAGUACAAUUAACGCUAGCCAACAUAGAAAAUUAGUUUUGUCAGGAAAAAAACAACCUUCCUAUUUUCCUCUAUGAUUCUGAAUUAGUUUGAUAAAGGAAACUUCUAUGAGAUUUCUGUAGGUCUUUGGUUAACAACUUUACAGCAUUUUUGGCAAAACCCCCUGUGAUGUAUAAUGUCAGGGUAGUUCAUACUAAAUGGGCCCAAACUAUUCUGAAUGAUCUGAAGAAAAACGUAAAAUUAUUGCUGGGAAAAGCUGCAAAUUACAAAAAGUUAUGGAGUGAUAAAUAAACGGAAGGGCAGACCAUUAAUACAGACCAACUAACAUCAUUUAGUAAGGUCGGACUAUGUUUAAACACAGAGAAGGCAAAGUUGUUCAUUAAAAAAACAAAGAAAAUCAGUCUCAUGUCCAAGAUGGAAAAUGGUUUGUUGAAAAGCAGUGACUCUGGAAAGAAAUAAAUGGUAAUAAUAGACCCAAGCAGACCCACAUUCUCAGAGCAAAGUGUAGGCAAAAGUUAUUCUUCUUGUACAAGAUGGGAAAUAGCUGCUAGGAGCUGGUCCUAUUACACCUCUUUGUGGUUUCAGAGAGAUCACUGUUGGGAAAACAUCUUGAAAAAAAGCACCUCCAGAAAACCAAAAGCUGGUACUGACACAAACAAUACUAAUAAUUUGUGAUGACAGAGAGCCUUUAGAAACUCCAUUUGUUAGGUUAGUAUAUGAGAAGGCUAUGAGUCAGGGUUCUCCUUCUCAUGUGUGCUUAAGCAGCCCAUACAAUCCUAAACCAAAUUGGUCCAAAAGGAGAUUGUAGUUAGGUAGGUGUAAGGUCUCUUCUCCCAUACGACAAGUGAUAGGACGAGACGAAAUGGCCAUAAGUUGCGCCUGAGGUUAACAAUAAUUUCACGUGGUACUUUGAUUGACGCAAAUGCUCAAUCACAUUCGAAUCAAAGCAGGAGGAAGCUACUAUUUUACAUGGCUUCCUGCAGGACAUAUGCAAUGUUAUCCCAGUGGAGAAGGCAGGUUAUGCAACGAAUGAGGGGCUCUGCAUAACUGUGUUUAUUUGGGAAGCACUUCCAGUAAUUAUUUGGAAAGGACUGAGAGAAUAAACUGAUAAGACAUUCUCAGGAUUCAGUAUUUCCAUCACUAAAGUAACAAUUAGAUUUUAAAUGAAUUGGAAUCAAGUUCCUAUUUCACUCUUUAUUUAAUUUAAAUAAUGGAAGGGAAAUGGAAACUUGCUUUACCAAUAUUAGGAUUCUUCCACUGCACGCAUGUUUGCACGGGUAUGUAAAAGUGCUGGCUAAUAAAGAAGCAGAACAGUUUCCUCUACCUUAACAUAUUCUAGCCUCGCUGGCAAUAUAGCACAGCCCUAAACUUGUUUUAGGAGCCAAAAUGGACCAACUGUUUUCCAGAUUUAGGGGACAAUAGAAAGACAGCCAGUUCCCACUUCUUAGCAAAGCUACAUGCUGCUCCAAUUCAUCUAAUAAGUCAGACAAAUAAGGCAACUAUGGCGACAUUUGAAAUCUUAUUUUCUUGUCAUUUAAAGGGAAACAAUAUAGAAAUAAAUUACUUCCAAAUUAGUUUGAACAUCGAGUUCUUGGAGCAUAAAAUACCACAUAAAUACUUCUUGUCUGAUUACAUACUUCCAUAUUUGUUCUUAUUAACUAUAAUGAGUUAGCAGCAUUUCUAAUUUAUGUGCCUUGGGCAUACAAAAAUACCCCACCUUCUUUAUAUUUGCAAAAUAUAUGAACUAAAGUCUUCAGCUAAAAUGCUUUUCCAACAACUAGUCCUGCUGUAGAAUGGCCUAGCGCUGGAAAAGCAUCCUGGCUCCAAUGCUGAGCUGUCAAGCGUGCUGCUUUGCCACAAGCAGCUUCCAAACUUGAACUGGGUGUGUUUAUUUGUCUGUCAUUACUACAAAUCCUUUCCAGGUUUAUGGCUACUGCACAUCAAUUCUGUCGUCUGAAUUCUGGCAAUAAACUAAUAAGCUGGGCGUGAGCUAAGAUACACGGAGCAUUUUGAGAGCUCUUUGGAAGCCAAAAUUAUAGAAGACUUUUUCCACUUUUACCAUCCACUAUUUUGUUAUGCUUGGCCUUCAUCCCCUCCUGUCACCUUAAAAAUGAAAACAGCAUGUUCAUUAUUAUUCAUGGAAAUUCAUUGGAUACAGAGAAAGUAUCCUUUUCCCCCAAAAAAAUUUUCCAUUUUUAUUUCUUUUGGGAAAGACUAUGUUGUUCUUUGCUUGGGUGGCUUUGCUUUUGAACUGCUGCUUUGCCAUUGAAUUCACAGGAAGAGAAUAAUUUGCAUUGGAUUUACUGAUUGUUAUCUGUAGGGUAAAUAAUGUGGCUGUCAACUUGGAGCAAAGGACAAGAUACUAUUGCACUGCCCAAUUUCUCCCACUUUGGCAUGCACGUACAUACACUGGCCCAGCCUGGGCAGCCUUCCAAAGCGGAAGGCUUCACCCAAGGGUCCCAGAGCCCUGCAGAAUGAAGUGCAGGGAUGUUAUGUGCUUCUCAGCUUGCCUAGUAGUCAGUAUCACAUGUUUACAGUGCUCAGUACAGUCUCUGUUCUUGACUAGGGCUUACUGGAUGCUACUACAGUAUAAAUGCUUAUUUCUAUUAGUGCUACUCCUAAUUAUGUGAAACGAGAUGCUAUACAUUACAGCUGACAUAAUUUUAUUGACCAUUACCUUGUUAUUCUCUUACGAGACAGGGUGAAAAUCCUAUCUUUUUAAAUACCAGUAAUUGAAUUAUGUAUUUAUACUCAUCCUUUUGUAAACAAACUCCUUCUGCCUCUUUAUAGAAAAGAUGUUUCCAUGUGUUUGGUCAUUCUUGGUUUUCCUAUCUAGAUCUAGAAACAUCGGCUUCACUUAUUGCCAUGUCAUCUGUUUAUGCAGCAGGCUUGGUCAUUUUUAUUUCUCUGCUGAAAGAUUUCUCUUUGCCUGGAAUAGCGGCCUGACACCUCCAGCUAUUCUUAGCUGGCUUAUACUUUAUCGUCACAUUGCUCUUUGGUCACCACACACACUUGUCCUGGGAUUGCUUUUGCAACAGAGUAACGUUUGUCUAAAACGUUCCUUUCUGUGUGCCUUGUAGUACACACAAAGAAAAGACACAAAUGUCCACCUGAGUGUUAACAUGCAGAUGUGACACAAAGGAGAAAACUUCUCCCCCAAGCUCACGGACAGGUUCUUAAUCCCUUUGCUGUAGCAUUCCUGCUGCUGCCGCUUCUCAGGCUGCAGAAUCCCACCUCCGUAAGUCAAGUGCCUGUACAUGGAGUCUCUUUAAGUCAAGUCGCGACAGGCACUGCAAAAAACUGCAGAGGUGUGCAGGGAUGUCUGCUCCAGCUGAAGUGUGCCGCCUCUUAUACACUGAAAGGGGAGGCAAGAGUAGCACUGAACAUUUUAUAUGAUACUUCUUAAUAUUCAAUUUAAACCUCCCCGGCACAACUUGAGGCCACUUCCUCUCAUUCUAUCACUUGUUACUGACGUGCACUGCUAUUUGUUAUUCCUAUCUUUCCUUGAAAGGUACUGUGUGUGAUGACACAGGAAACCUUAUGUGUGCAUCAUACUUUGUGCAAGGGCUUUAGUGAUUGCAGAUUAUAAAUUAGUAUAAAUGUCUGCACUUGUCUAUCUUAGAACAGAACUACAAUGCGUGAAAGCGAUGCUCAGCAUUAAGGAAAAUGUCAACUCCAGCUGUCUAAUAUCAGAGACAGUAGGAGCUGUGAGUCUGGAGCAUCUUUAAAGUUAGACUGUGCUUACUAAAUGGAUAUGAGAUCCUCACUGUGGGCGUGAGGGAUUGAAAAGCCAGGGCUUUAGACCCCAGCCUGGAUACGAGUGCUAUCAGAAAUGAUAUAUUGACACCAAAGAGGGAAAUACUCUGAAGUGGUAUCCUAUUUACCACUUCUUCACAGCAGGCUGAAACGGGUGAUAACUGGGAAGUGGGAAUGAGGGAGGAAAAUCGCCUUUGGCAGAACAAUUCACUUUUUCAUCACUCCUCAGUUGUCGCCCAGCCUCGUGGGGAAUGCCUGAGCCAUUCGCUCCAGCUCUGGGGCAAACAGCUCCAGCUCCCGGGAAAAGGCUCCAGUUUGAAGGUCGUUUGCUCCAGUUUCGGGGCCAUUCGCUCCAGCUCCCAAGAAAAGGCAUCAGCUCCUGGGCCAUUUGCUCCAGCUCCUGGAAAAAGCCUCCAUCCCCCGAGCCACUCUCUCCAUCUCCCGGGAAAAGGCUCCGUCUCCCGGCCCUGCCCAGCCCCGCAGCCGCACCUGGGAGCGGGGCGGAGGCGGGGGGGGGAGCCGGGAGGGGAGGGAACGUCCCGAGGAGCGGCGGGCGGAGGCAGAGCGGCGGGAGCAUGGAGCGCAGCUGCCUCCCCCCGCUGGAGCAGGAAGCGCUGGAAGCGUGGCUGGACGAUCACGGCGACUUUACCCGCUCUUACUUUGUUAGGAAAGCUACGAGAGAAAUGGUUAAUGCAUGGUUUGCUGAGAGAGUUCACACCAUCCCUGUCUGCAAGGAGGGAAGCAAGUCCCAGAGUGCCGCUGCGUGUGCUUGUCACCAGCCUGCCUGUGCUGAGACCACCAACUCUGGGACGCCAGCGAGGAAAAUCUCUGCUUCGGAAUUUGACAGACCCUUAAGGCCUAUUUUUGUCAAGGACUCAGUAGGAGCAGUGAGCUUCCUCUCCGACUCUGAAAAGAAGGAACAGAUGCCUCUGCCAUCCCCAAGGAUUGAGACCAGCGCGGGGGAUCAGUGCUCAAGACUAUUAGAACUCGUGAAAGAUAUUUCUAGUCACUUGGAUGUCACAGCGCUUUGCCAUAAGAUUUUCCUACAUAUCCAUGAGCUUAUAGCAGCUGAUCGCUAUUCCCUGUUCUUGGUCUGUGAGGACAGCUCGAAUGAGAAGUUUCUUGUAAGCAGGCUCUUUGACGUGGCAGAAGGCUCCACGCUGGAAGAGGCAUCCAACAACUGCAUUCGCCUGGAGUGGAACAAGGGCAUUGUGGGUCACGUAGCAGCUAUAGGCCAGCCUCUGAACAUCAAGAAUGCGUAUGAGGAUCCAAGAUUCAAUGCAGAAGUUGACCAGAUCACCGGGUAUAAGACUCAGAGUAUUCUCUGUAUGCCAAUAAAGAACCACAGGGAAGAGGUUGUUGGUGUGGCUCAAGCAAUCAAUAAGAAAUCUGGAAUUGGUGGAACUUUCACUGAACAAGAUGAAAAGGACUUUGCUGCGUAUUUGGCAUUUUGUGGAAUUGUUCUUCACAACGCUCAAUUGUAUGAGACAUCUCUGCUUGAGAACAGGCGUAAUCAGGUGCUUCUCGAUCUUGCCAGCCUGAUUUUUGAAGAGCAGCAGUCCUUGGAAGUAAUUCUGAAGAAGAUAGCUGCCACUAUAAUAUCCUUCAUGCAAGUGCAGAGGUGCACCAUCUUCAUCGUGGAUGAAGAUUGCACUGACUCAUUUUCUAGUGUGUUUCACAUGGAAGCUGAGGAAUUAGAAGAUGCAGCUGAAAAUCUGAAGAGGGACCACGAUACAAACAAAAUCAAUUAUAUGUACGCUCAGUAUGUCAAGAAUACGAUGGAGCCUCUCAACAUCCCAGAUGUUUGCAAAGACAGACGAUUUCCCUGGACAAAUGACAAUGCAGAGAAUGUAAAUCAACACAUAAAGAGUUUACUAUGUACACCAAUAAAAAAUGGGAAAAAGAAUAAAGUGAUAGGGGUUUGCCAGCUUGUGAAUAAGAUGGAAGAAAACUCAGGCAAAAUCAAGGCUUUUAACAGAAAUGAUGAACAGUUCCUGGAAGCUUUUGUCAUCUUUUGUGGCUUGGGGAUCCAGAAUACACAGAUGUACGAAGCUGUAGAAAGAGCCAUGGCCAAACAGAUGGUGACAUUAGAGGUUCUGUCCUAUCAUGCUUCUGCUGCUGAGGAGGAAACGAGGGAGCUGCAGGUAACAGCGGCUGCUGUAGUACCAUCCGCACAAUCGCUCAACCUAACCGACUUCUACUUCAGUGAUUUUGAGCUAUCGGAUUUUGAAACAACACUGUGCACAAUUCGAAUGUUCACAGACCUCAACCUGGUGCAAAAUUUCCAAAUGAAACAUGAGGUUCUCUGCAGAUGGAUUUUAAGUGUGAAGAAAAAUUACCGGAAAAAUGUUGCUUAUCACAAUUGGAGACAUGCCUUCAAUACAGCGCAGUGCAUGUUUGCUGCUUUAAAAUCUGGUAAAAUUCAGAGUAAACUGACCGACUUAGAAACACUGGCUUUGCUGAUAGCAACUCUCAGCCAUGACUUGGAUCACAGAGGAGUGAAUAACUCCUACAUACAAAGAAGCGAACAUCCACUGGCUCAACUGUAUUGCCACUCAAUCAUGGAGCAUCAUCAUUUUGAUCAAUGCCUUAUGAUCCUGAAUAGUCCAGGAAAUCAGAUUCUCAGUAGCCUUUCCAUUGAAGAAUACAAGGCCACGCUGAAAAUGAUAAAACAAGCCAUCCUUGCCACAGACCUAGCACUAUACAUAAAGAGAAGAGGAGAAUUUUUUGAACUUCUAAGGAAAAAGCAAUUUAAUUGGGAAGAUCCUACACAGAAGGAGCUAUUCUUAGCAAUGCUGAUGACUGCAUGUGAUUUAUCAGCCAUAACCAAACCGUGGCCAGUUCAGCAACGGAUCGCUGAGCUUGUAGCUACGGAGUUCUUUGAUCAAGGAGAUAAAGAGCGGAAGGAGCUCAACAUAGAACCAACAGAUCUAAUGAACAGAGAGAAGAAAAAUAAAAUUCCCAGCAUGCAGGUUGGAUUCAUAGAUGCUGUUUGUUUGCAGCUGUAUGAGGCCCUAACACAUGUGUCAGAGGCCUGCUACCCUUUACUGGAUGGCUGUAGAAAGAAUAGGCAGAAAUGGCAAUCCUUAGCUGAACAACAAGAGAAGAAUCUGAUUAAUGGAGAAAGCAAUCAAGCCAAACGGAACUGAGAUGCUGAUUUAACCACCGCCAUUUUAAAUUCACCUAGAAGACAUAGUAAUAGAGGAGUACUGCAUUUUGCUAAACACUGUAUGAAUUUGGCUUAUGUUUUGCCACUGCUGUAUUAUUUUUCCACAUUUCAAGAUAUAGCAUGACCAUGUAUAUGCCAAGGUUAUACAAUGAUAGUAUGUUUCCUUUAUUACAUCCGUCUGAGAUGGAAAACAGUCUGCAAGGGUAGUUUUUGCUACCCUAUUCCAGAAAAAGGUACGAGUGCAGUUACUUGACUGUCCCCGAAAGCCCAUUACUUUACAGAUGUAUAUAGUUGUUUAGAUAUCAUGUUGUGGCCAGUAUCUUAAAGACUACUGCAUUUCGCACCUUUUUUCCUCUUCCAAUCUCGCUCUGUUAGAAAAGUAAUGAGCAGUCUUCCCUCUUCUCUUCCCAGAGGUUCAGAGGAAAGACUGGGGCUAACUCUGGGGAGCCUAAUCGAGCAUAUAGUAUGCUAACUUCUUUCAGGAGACAGAACUGGGCUUCAAAGUGAAAAAGCCCCAGAAUCUCUGCACCCAGUAGUUUUUACUUUUUUGUAUUAGAGGAAUGUCUUUGCAAUUUGGAAAGAUUCUUAAAAGCCCUGUGAAUUACUAGGGAAAAGAGUCUUAGGAGAUUUGUGGUAGAAGUGUCAUAAUUAUCCGUGGAUAAUGGAAACUGCUUGAAACACUGAUGAAAUGUCGGAAGAUAACUGCCAGGCUUCCGUGGGAGAAUGGCUCCCAUAGAAAGCUGCAAGAAGCACACAGAGGAAUGGGAACAGAACAGGAUCAUUUUUUGAUUUUAACUCCAUUUGGAAGUUGAAUGAAGCAUCAUCGUAACCAACAAACUGAAUCAUGGGCAGGAAGAGUAGAAGAGAAUGACUGCAAGAGAUGAAAAUCUGAAUCCAAAGGAUGCAGGAACAGAACAAUUCUGGUGAUGAUCAAUGACUGAUUCUUUAGGCCAGUGGUAUUAUGAAAUAGCUAUGACCACUUUGAAGAAAGUUUUACGUAAACAUCAUCUAAAAAUAAUUUUUAGCAUUAGUUAAAGUUAACAAUGAUUAAUCACAAUGUCUUAGAGGAACAAGAAAAAAUAAUACUGAAAGUGAAAAUAGCUGAGAAUGCUCCAGGGAUUUGCCAUUUGUUUAUGAGGCAUUAAUGUUCAGAAAAGUCAGAGGUCAGUUAAUUGCACUAGUAAAAAAAAAGCAACAUUGAUAUUUUAUUUAAAUGAAGAUGACUAAUAAAAACUCUUUUGAAUUGGGAACCAAUUCAAGAAAAUACACUAGGAAAAAACCAAGAGAGUAAUUCAAAGAGGAUUAUUCUUUGGGUAGUCAGGAUUGGGAGAUUCAUGUCAACAAUUGAAAACUGGUUAGUAGUAGGUUUGACUUCGGCCUCACAGACACAGAAACUGCUAAUUUCUUUUAAUCUGUAGUAAUGAUUUUUCAGUUAAAAUCAGCAAUAGCAUUAGGCAAAAUUAAUACACUUGGGAUUGUACUUGGAGGUGUGGGAGUUUAUUUCUAUCACAGUAAGCCAGAAAAUUCUAGUUGGAAACUGCAGUAAGUUAUCAAUCCCUCCUUGUAAGAGCUGGUCACAAAGACAGUGAAAGCAACCUCUUUUCAUCAAUCUCUGCACUUUAGAUGAAUGAUACCAGAAGCUAACAGAAGAUGAACCAAAUUAUUCAAGAUGUUUGAUGAUACUGAGUUUCAGUCAAUUUUAUUUUACAUAUAGAACAGGGUAUUUUGAUAGUUGGCAGCAUUUCUGCCAACCCAAGUUAUUUGUCACUCAUUAAAUCCUAUCUCAAAACUCUCCAAUGACUAUCAAUAAUAUGUUAGUGCAGCUGAAUUUAAAAACAUUUUUCUACAGAAGUAUUUCUCAUGAUACUUUUUUUCCCAAAUUUUGGAAAAAAGUAUGGAAUACAACACUAAUUAAGAAUUCCAGGGCUGCCAUUAUACAGUGGUCUGGAUGUGUAUUUAUAUGUAUACACAAUACAGUAUGUGUAUGUAGUACAUCAUAGCUGUGCAGAAAAGCGACAGCAGCCUGCUGUUCCUUUCCCCAACGCAUCACCCAAAAAAACUUUUUAGGUACUUUUUGAUAAAUAGGAAAUGUUGCUUCAGGAUUUGCAUAGUCCUUGUAUAUUCUUUUCCUUGAAUGCUUGAGAGACUAAAAUAUAAUUAUUUCACUAACUGAUGAGAUACUUAGUUAAUAUAAAUAUGAAUAAAGUAUAUGUAUAUAAAGUUGAAUUCCUGCUAGUGUGGUUGAGGCUAGUAAUUCAUGGUGACAACACAGCAAAUCAGCUAUGGUGAUGUUACAGUGCAGUGCCGUAUCACUUACAUUAAGAUCACAGUAUUUCUUUGCUAUUUUGUGUGUUCAGCAAAGCUUUAUUAUGACAUACAUUUAUAACUACUGCAAAGGAGUGCUGGAUUCAUAACUUUGACUUGAAAAAAAAUGGACAGGCUGUUUUAUUAUUUCAAAGGUUCACAUACAACGAACACAGUUAUACCCUCUGUGCAUACAUUUAAUUAUAUAUCUGUACAUUCUUAUCCCAUAGAAUCUCUUCCACUACAAAGAUCAGCACAAAUAUAGAAAUACAGUUCCUAGUAAAUAAACCAUUUAAAUAUCAUAGUGCACCUGUAUCUGUAUGCAUUUCUACAAACCCAAGCCCUUUGAACUACUGGUUUAAGAGCCUUAAAAGCACAGAUUGCUGUACUUCAUGAAAUUUCAGAGUGAUCAAUUCUUUAUAUAGUGUUUUACUUUGCCUGAAGGCAGAGUCGGAGUGUGCUGGGUUUGUGUCAUAGCUUUGUGUGACCUGUUCACAGAAAUUGCUUAUUCCUUUCACAAUGGAGACAGGUGACAAUAUGAAAAAAGCCAGGCUGUUUUCUGCCUGAAAUUCAUUGCCUUCAAAAUUCAACAUUUUCACAGUCAGCUAAUGGAUUACAGCCAUGCAGCUGCGAUUAAUUUCAUCAUGAGUUGUGUAUCUUUUAGUCAGGUCUCAAAACAGGUUCUUCCCACCUUCUACUGUCUAGCUGAAGCAAUCAGUGUGGCUUACACAAGAAACAAGCUGAAAUGGAGUUCACCACACUGUCAGUUCAAUCUUAAGUCUGUUAAAGUCACUGUGAAAUAUGAUAUUUAAGUCUUCCAGUACAGAAUUUGUCCCACUAUUUUUUAAUACUUGUGUCAAGGAAGACUUCUAAGUUAGUAUCCUACCUGUUCUCAGACCACAGUGUAUUUUCUUUUGGAGUCACUCCACAGCACAAAUACACUUUUCCUUCUGUUUUUUUUGUUCCCCUUCUGAAAAAACUACUUAUACAUACGUAUAAACACAUACAAAAUCACUGAUUAACCCUACCUCUUGUAAUUAAAAAUAACAAUGAGGCUUUUAAGCUGUAGGCAGUACUUCUUUUUGAACAAGUUAGUCCCACAAACAAUAUUGCCUGUAUAAUGUCUAGAUGUUUUAUUAUCUCACACAAUAGAAAAAAGAGGGGAAAAUAAUGUAAUGUUGAUUUUUGGUGAUGGUACGUAUCAUUAGCUAGUAGAUGUUUGAAGUUAAGAGCAGAUUACUCUCGUAUCGUCACAGAAUACAAGUGGGCUAAUGAUAAAAGUGAGUAAUUCCAUUGAUGACCAGCUGAUCUCUCUUUAGAAGAGGGGACUGAAGUCUGGUUUUGUGCACCAACCUCUGACAACUGUGUACACCUGAAGAUAAAGUUUUGAUCUUCAGUCGAAUGCAUUUUAUCUGGCAGUGGCACAAACUGACAAAAUCAGAACACUAUCUAGUUCAUAUAUAACACUUCUCAGAAUUACGAGGUGACAUGCUCCCACUCAUUAUGCAGAAAGAUUAUUAAGAGUCAACUCUACGCCCUUAAAAUUAGUGGGUGUUGCCCAAGAGCUCUGGUCAGUGCCCCUUGGAGUUAUGCAUAUGAGAGCAGAGAGUUCCGAUGGAAAAAAAUGCCUUGCUCAUAAUAAAUUCAUACAUUUUUAAAGGCUUUAUAGAGACUUAGUAUUUCAGGCAAAUUAUAUGCAAGUUUUAGUUAUAAGUCUUGCCUCUGUGAUGCUGUAGUUUCUUCUUCGUGUCAAAUCACGUGCAGUUUACAUUCCACAAGGUUUCAGCUUUAUUUCACAGUUCCCUUGCUACACUUCUUCAGGGACUUGCACUAAUUUGAAAGAUAAGCUUGAACAUUGAAGCUCAAAUUAAAAAAUUAUUUUGGCCAGAGUAUGAUAUGUAACAAAGGCUGGAUUUUUUGGUUUGGACAGGAAUGAGAAACAUCACAGAAUCUGGUUUGGUUAUUAGUGAUACUUGCUGAAUGCAGCAAAUUGUGACAGCAAGAUAUUUUAUCUUUGUCAUAUAUCAAUGAAUGGAAAUUGCAUGGGAAAGUUUAUUUUCCACAUAAAGAAGAUUGUUUCCGUAGAGAAACUCAUAUCUAAAUACCACUGUUUGUAAAUGUAUAUUUAUGUGACGAUGCUAUAUAAUAGCUAGUUUCCACUAACUUUCACAGCAUGAGCUGGUUAUGCCAGAGCUUAAGGCAUGCUCACAUGCCCAUUUCAAGUCAAUUCCCAUUUACCUCAGUGGGAGUUGGCUUGAGCUGUAUAGGAAGUGAAAGAAUGGGUCAAAUCCACCUUUUUUUUUUACCUAUAAAGAGGGACCAAACUCUUACUCUUGGUAACACCUGCCUCACCUGCUCUUUGCUGUAUUCAGCCAUUCCUGCUGAUGCCCCAGGUACCUUACAGAUGUAACUGAAGUUAGAAUUUGAGCCCUCUAUGUAUUCACAUGGCAGACGCCUGCAUGUGUCUCUUAAAGAAUGUAGUGUGAAAUGCACUGUAAAUAGUUUUAAUCUACAUUUCUAUUAUAGGUUAAUAAAAACCUUAAUCACA